UAAUUAGCGAAGUUUUGAUUGAUACUUUUCAUUUUCGGUUUCAUCUACAUUUAUUAUUAUUAUUAUUAUUAUCAUGUUCUCAAGGAAUUCGAAGAAUAGAGAUUAGAUUAUCUUCUGUGUAAGAAGAAGGAAGACGAGAGGAAGAAGAUUGUUUCUUCUGAUAAAACCUCUAAAUUAAAACGCAAAAAUUAGAAGGGAAAAAAAAACCAUUAUGGUUUCAGACUCCAAACCCACUCUUUCGAAGCUCAAACCUGAUGGCGGCUCCAGGUUAAAGCUUGAAUCCUCUGAUCAUAAGAAGAAGAUUGACAGCUCCAUCAAGAACUCAAUUUCCUCUUCUAAGCACAAAUCCAUCUCUCUUGUCACCAAAUCCGAGGUAAAGUCAAAGACAAUUUCGAGUUCUUCAAAGACGACAACAAAAACUACAACAACUACUACUACUGCUAAAGUGAGAGAAAAGAAAGUGUUUAAUUUGCCUGGUCAGAAAUAUGAUCCACCUGAAGAGAGAGAGCCGCUUCGGAUAUUUUACGAGUCCUUGUCGAAACAGAUACCAGCAAGUGAAAUGGCAGAGUUUUGGAUGAUGGAGCAUGGCAUGUUAUCUCCCGAAAAGGCUAAAAAGGCGUAUGACAAGAAACUGAGAAGACAAAAGGAACAGAGAACCGGGACACCAAUUAAAUCAGCAAAACCACCGAGCAGACCAGAGAGUUCACAGAAGCCACAACAGCCAUCUAAGAAUGGCGAUAUGAAAGCAAAGAAAAAGAUCAUGAAUGAUAGCGACGACGAUGACGACUUCAUUUUAAGCCCCAAGAGAAGAAAAAUGUAGGAAAAACACACCCACGCCUGCCCUUGUUUUUUCUAUUAGCAUACUUUUCGAGGAAUUACUUGAUUACAAUUUCCUUAGAGUUUAACUGCAAAACUACAGAGAUGAUCAUAACCCAACAGUAUUUACCAGGACAUUCUUUUAUGCUCGAUAACCUGUGUAUGAACAAUAAUUUAAGGAGAGACAAGUUUUAUGGUUCAAAUCCUUUUCAUAUAA